CAAGUUGAAGAGGCCAUCAAUCCAUUGGAUGAAGCAGAACUGGAAAAUACUGAAAGGGAAGAGUCUGAGGAAAAUGGAGUGGAACCAGAGAUAACCAAGGAGGUGUCAAAUGGUGCAACGAAAUUGCCUGAAGCGACACCAAGCACCAAAAAAGCUGUACGUAAACGAAAAUGUGCCCGUAGGACACUGCCUGCGAAACAAGUGGUGGAAGAAGACGACGAAGAUAGUGAGUUUGAAAAUGGAGACGAAGAUGAUGAGCAGGAAAAACCAAAACGUGUAAAAGUUAUUAAAUCAACCAAAAAAGAUGAAGCGAUGAUAAAAAAGCACAUUGGCAUGGGUUGUGAUCUAUGUACAUAUGUGGGCGAAGAUUUCGCAUCAAUGUGUAAGCACUUUCGAUUGCAGCAUCCAAAUAUUAAGCCAUACGUUCGUUGUUGUGAAAAGAAGCUAAACAAAAGAUUUAAAGUUGUGCAGCACGCAUAUAAACACGAAAACCCGGAAUUUUUUAAGUGUCAAGAAUGCCUUAAGAUAUUUUCGGAUCGAUACACUUUAAAAUCUCAUAUGAUUACUACACAUGCCCCGGAAGAAGAACUCACAUUUGCCUGCGACCAAUGUCCCAAAAAGUAUUCGCGGCAGAAGUUGCUAGAUUUACACCUUGCAUCACAUGUUCCUAUGAGCGAGCGUACUUUCAUAUGUGAUCAAUGUCCAAAUAGUCGAUUCGGAAGUAAUCACUUACUGAAAAUUCACAUUAGCAUGCGACAUAGGCGUGCGGUCAAUGUUUGUCAUGUCUGUGCUAAAGAAAUACGAGAUAAGCAAUCAUUCGAAAAGCAUGUACGUUUACAUUUUGAAGCCAGCGGGCCUCGAGUUAAGUGUCCACGUCCAGGUUGUGAUAGUUGGCUUAAAGAUGAGGAGAAUCUGCGACAGCAUAUGCGUCGUCACAAUGACGAAGGACUGGUAUUUACAUGUGACCAAUGCGGACGUAAUUGUAAAAAUCGGCGAGCACUUCGUAGCCAUCAACUUUACGUACAUUCUAAUGAAGGAUUUAAAUGUGAAGAAUGCAAUAAAACAUUCAAAAAAGCUAUAACUUUACGGGAGCACAUGGCGCAGCAUACAGGGGAAAGUCUCUACAAAUGCCCAUUCUGCACACGAACAUUCAAUUCAAAUGCAAACAUGCACUCGCAUAAGAAGAAAAUGCAUCCCGUCGAAUGGGAUGUUUGGCGUAAAACGAAACAGGGAAGCUCACAAAAAUUGAUAAGCCAACAACAGAGCACUUUUAAUUGAUUGGAUUGUGGAACGGCCUGUAGUAAAUUGUAUGGGAGUGUAAUUUCUUAUUAAAAUGUAUGUAUUUAGUUUUACUAUACAUAAAAAUAUAUGUAUGUAAAUAUGUAUUUAUGUUAAUAAUCUGUUGAAAAUUGAUUUUAAAAUUCAACAAUUUAGGAGGAAAACAAGAAAUCAAGACCCAAUAUGCCUUGCAACGAAUAUUUUUUUUCACGCACUUAAGCUAAUUAGCAUGUACGUAAGUAUUUAUGCAAUGAAAUAUUUCAUCCUAAUUUUCGCCAACCUCUAGACGUUGAUCACGUGAAAAAACAAAACAGAGAUAAUCGUAUUUCAGACAAAGGAAGGAAAGCUCAUGAAAAAAUAAUAAAAAAUUGGUCAUGAAACGUUAAUCGAUGUUUAAAACGUCGUUUAAACUGACAUCGAAGCAUCGUCAAUUUUACGAUUUCUGAAAAUUUUAAGCAUCGAAUUUCAUACUGAAAUUAUCAAUGUUUGAAAAAAUGUCUUCUGCAUCCCUAGUUCAGUUAACGCCGGCCGUCGCAAAGAACAGAAACAGAAUUCAGCAUAUUUCGUUUUUUUUUUUUU